CAACACCUCCCCAGUGCUCACGAUGACUGUGACAUGUCCUUUUAUCAAAAACUUGAGCACCUUGCACUUUCUGACCUUACGAAUGCUGCUGUUAAAAGACCUUCCUUGAUUGGGUUAUUCCGACAUCCUUGGUUUCAAUAAAAAUCGACAGGGCGAGAGAGAUUGCGACAGGGAAAUCGAUAGCGAGUGUCCUGAUCGCAACCACUGUUGAAACCAAGAUGGCAGACGGUAGCCAUGAGAAUGGAGCGCCUCCGAAGAAGGUGUGGACGACUCUAAUCACUAACACCAAAUAUCUUUCUGGUCUCCUCACCCUCGAGCAUUCCCUCCGGAAAGCGAACUCGCAGUACCCUCUGAUCGCACUCUACACCGACACUUUUCCUGAGGAGGGCCUACAAGCCCUCAAGAGCCGCGGCAUCCUUGCGAAAGAGAUCCCAUACCUUCUCCCCUCUGUUCCAAAGGAAUACGCCAACGAUCCUCGCUUCUAUGACUGCUGGAGCAAGCUUACUCCGUUCAGUCUCACCGAGUAUGACCGCGUGGUGCAGUUGGACAGCGAUAUGCUGGUGUUGAAGAACAUGGACGAACUCAUGGAGCUCGAGUUGGAUCAACCUAGCUUGAAUGGUGAAGGCAACAGAGUUUAUGCUGCAAGCCCUGCCUGCGCCUGCAAUCCUCUGAAGAAAGCUCAUUAUCCCAAAGACUGGACACCCGAAAACUGCGCCUUGACCAGUCAACAUGCCGAUCCAGACAAUGCGCAAAUAUAUGGUCCCUCAUCAACUACCGGAAUCGGGCUCCCCAAUGGUGGUCUGGUGGUGUGCAAUCCUUCCGACGGGACUUACGACAAGAUUUUGAGUACCCUAAAAGACGGAGGAUUGACGGCAGGCUAUGAGUUUGCAGAUCAGAGUUUGUUGGGGGAGCGGUUUCACGGUCGUUGGGUCGGACUGUCAUACAUUUACAACGGUCUCAAGACCUUGAGGUGGAAAGGUGUACACGACAGCAUCUGGCGGGACGAUCGUGUCAAGAACGUUCACUACAUCUUAAGCCCCAAACCGUGGGACGAGAAAUAUGAAGACAUCCAAGACGAGUCGCAUAGAUGGUGGCACGAUACAAAUAACGAGCGUCUAGGUCUGGAGAAAGCUGCCGGAAUUGAUGAUGGCUUUUGAACAGGCCUUUGAUCGCGCCUCUUGUCCAGUGCGCCUCUUGAUGGGCCUGACAGGCUAGCUUACCAGUGGUUUUGGCUCCUUGUGUUGGGCUCGAGGUACAUACUCCGGGAGCGAAGGUAAAUAUGUAGAGGUUAUCAUUAUACAUAGAGUUAUUAGAUUUUACAAUGACCAAGAC